CUCUCUCUCUCUCUCUCUCUCUCUCUCCCUCCCUCCCUAACCUGCAGCGUUAUAGUCUAAGCCUCAUUGAUCAUCAGGAUGUCCAACAUGAUGUGAAGAGGAAGAAGAAGAGAGAUGAAGCUAUGUGAGGGACGUCAUUCAGAGUCACCAUGAAGCCGUCUUACACACCUUUACACACCUGUCCAGGUAAACUGAAUUACCUGGGGACAGAUGAAGUGAUGUGUCCAGGACCAGAGUGAACUCUGCAGAGUCUGACAGAGCAAGUCUGCAUCAGUCUGUGAGCUUCAUGCUGAUCCACAUCUGGUUUUAGACUCAUCCGUGGACCAGUGAUCCGACACAGUUCCCAGCCUCCUCAACUACCCACAACCUCUCUGCACCUCAGAUCGCCCUCGCUGACAGAUGCCAGUCCUGCUGAAUACAGAUGCCUCCUUCAGCUCAAAGCAGGAGCUGUUGGACCUGCAGGAUGGUCCUCUAAGUGUGGGUCCAUCUUUGGACUCUCCCAGCCCCCCAGAUUCUCAGACCAGCAGCCCGAUGGAAUCAGGGCCCAGGAGCCCCAGCAGCCCAGAUGGGCCCCUGCGGCCCAACAUCUUCACAGGGGCCUCCUCUGUGCCCGGGCAGCUGUAUGGGGGGCUUGGUGGACCUCACCUAGACUUGGUGUCCAUGGACUCCGAACAGCUGUGUGGUUGGGGUGCUCUUACCCCGCCGGUGGUGCAGAUGUUUAACAACCCCCGUUGGGUGCUGGUGUUCCUGUGCACGGCAUCCUUCCUGCAGGGGAUGAUCAUCAACGGCUUCAUCAACACUGUCAUCACGUCCAUCGAGCGACGCUUCGACCUGCGCAGCUACCAGGCCGGCCUCAUUGCCAGCUCCUACGACAUAGCCGCCUGCCUCUGCCUAGCCUUCGUCAGCUACUUUGGAGGGACGGGGCACAAACCGCGCUGGCUGGGCUGGGGCGUUCUGAUCAUGGCUCUGGGCUCUUUGGUGUUUGCCCUGCCUCACUUCACCACGCCCCCCUACCAGGUGAGCCUCCCUGAGCGCUCAGGACUCUGCUCCGCCAACCGCUCCACGCCAUGCCGGGAUCAGGAGGGGGCAGGGCUUUCCAGCUACCGCUUUGUGUUCAUGCUGGGUCAGUUCCUUCACGGGGUGGGAGCCACGCCGCUCUAUACUCUUGGAGUCACAUACCUGGAUGAGAAUGUCAAGUCCACCUACGCCCCUGUCUACAUCGGGAUAUUCUACACAGCGGCCAUCUUGGGUCCAGCAGCAGGGUACCUGCUGGGAGGAUACUUUCUGAACAUCUACUCAGAGAUCAGCCUACCGACUGAGAUGACUCCGGAGAAUCCCCUUUGGGUUGGGGCAUGGUGGAUCGGGUUCCUGGCUGGAGGAGCAGCAGCUUUGCUGAUUGCGUUCCCCAUCCUGGGCUUCCCCAGACAGCUACCAGGUUCUCAGGAGUUGGUGUCCUCAAGGGUCUCUGAAGCCCACCAGUUGAAAGACGGCAGCCACACUACAGCUUCAGACCCCCAGUUUGGAAAAUCUGUCAAAGACAUGCCCAGGUCUGUUCUGCUCCUGUUGAAGAACCCGACCUUCCUCUUCCUGUGUCUAGCCGGAGCGACAGAGGCCACGCUGAUCGCUGGGAUGUCCACCUUUGGUCCAAAGUUCCUGGAGUCUCAGUUCAGUCUGAGCGCCUCUGAGGCGGCUACAUGGUUUGGAUACAUGGUGGUCCCGGCAGGAGGAGGGGGCACCUUUCUGGGCGGGUACAUCGUGAAGAGGUUGAACCUGCGCUGCAGAGGAAUCAUCCGGUUCUGUAUGAUUUGUGCGACCGUCAGCCUGCUCGCCAACUUCAUCUUCCUCAUCCACUGCCCCAACCUACCCAUGGCCGGAGUCACAGCCCCUUACCAGUCUGACCACCAGCCAGACCAGUCUGAAUACCUCCAGAACCAGUCUGAAUACCAGCUAGACCAGUACCAGCACCAGCAGAACCAAUACCAGCACCAGCUGUACCCGUCUGAACAGCAGUAUGAGCAGCUGAGCUCAGUGCGCAGCAGAAACAGCUCAUCCCUGGUGUCUCUGUCAGUGGGCUGUAACUCAGGCUGCAGGUGUGCCAGAGAGCUGUAUAACCCUGUGUGUGGCGCUGACGGUGUCAUGUAUUACUCCCCCUGUCACGCUGGCUGCAGCUCCAUCAACCAUACGCAGGACACCCGGCAGGUGUACUCUGGAUGUACCUGUAUCAUCAGUAAUAGUUCGCGGUCACAUGACGGCGUCGCUCUGUCGGGAAAGUGUAGCAGCUCAUGUCACCACAUGCCGGCCUUCCUCUCGCUCUUCUUCAUCCUCAUCCUCUUCACAUUCCUCUGCAGCAUCCCUGCCCUCACGGCCACGCUCAGGUGUGUUCCUGACAGCCAGAGGUCCUUCGGUCUAGGCAUCCAGUGGAUUGUUGUUCGAACAUUUGGAGGUAUUCCAGGUCCGAUUGCGUUUGGCUCAGUGAUCGACCUCUCCUGCCUGUUGUGGCAGGAUCAGUGUGGAGAACAGGGUUCCUGUUACCUCUACCACAACUCGGCCAUGAGCCGCUACACACUGAUUGCUGGAAUCAUCUACAAGGCGCUUGGGAUCCUGUUCUUCCUUUUGGCCUCUGUGCUGUACACACCUCCACCUGAGUCUCCCCACAGCAGCUGUGAGAGCACGGAUCAAUCAGGAGGAGGAGGAAGAGCAGGAGGACUGAGUAACCUGCCAAUCAAAGACCUGCCUGAGGACGGUGUCAUCGUCAACCUGCAUGCCAGGUUAUGACAUCACAGAUCCCGCCCUUCUCCCUUACUUGGUGUGAAUGUGUGUGCACACACACAUGUAUAAGAGUAUGGGGUUCAAUCUACACCAACAGCCUUCUGUCAGCCAUAACAACCAUAACCACACACACACACACACACACGCGCGCACACACACACGCACACGCACACGCACACGCACACGCACACACACACACACACACACUUUAACAAACUUUAUUUUGUUUCUUGUAAAGUAUGCAGCCUGUUCAGUACAGACACUAUCAUCUGGAGUAUAACUGUGAGGAGAGCUGCAGCCAGUGAUACGAGGCAGUCACAGAGCAGCUCAGAGCAGUUUUAUUUAAAGCAUAGGUGAGCAGGUGAAGCCUCAGAACAGAGAUCACUCACUGACUUCCUGUUUGACCUUAGAUAGAUUUACAGAGGUCUGAAAUCCCUCUGCUGAACUUUAAAUUUAGGCACUGAGGAGGGGGAGGAGGAGGUGGUGGAGGAAUAGGAGGAGGACGAGGAGGACAAGGAUGAGGACAAGGACAGUUUGUGCGAUGAUCUGCAGCGACACUGUGAAUAAAGUUCACUAAUAGAGGUUAACCUGACUAUGGUUUUGAUGACCUUUGACCUUUCAUAAACCCAAACAUUAAGGAUUCUGUCUCACCAGCUGAUUGGUCUGUCUGUCUGUCCGUCUGUCUGUCUGUCUGUGUGUUCUGUGAGGCUGUGCCCUCUAGUGGCCAUAGUGUAUAUCACAGGAGAAGUUUAUGUGUGACACUGGAUCAAUCAAUCAAUCAAUCAAUCAUCUUUAUUUAUAUAGUGCCAAAUCACAACAAAUGUUAUCUGAAGAUUCUAGCAGAGCAGGUCUAGACCGUACUCUAUUUUUUCAUAAUAAUAUCUGUUACAGUGAUGAGACAGAUAUUAACAGUCAUAGAGUGACACGUCCACAGAAGCCCCAUGACCAGCAUGCUUAUCAAACACCAAUCAAAUCAAUCAAUCAACUAACCAAUCAUAAAAAUCAGCACUCACAGGUCAAAGGUCAAACUGUGUUCGUCCUCAGGUGCAGGUCAGACUUUGACUGUCAGGUGCAGUGAUCUCUGGUCUCAGUAUUUGUAAUAAAGCUGCUGCUGUGUCUGGCCUUGAAGAGGUGCAUGCUAGAAGCAGCCUGUGUGUUGCCAUGGUGAUGCAGGCAUAGAAUAAUGCAUUAAACAGGUGAGCAGUGAAGUUUGAAUAUCCCAGUACUGUAUGUACACACUGUGCCAUAGAGCGCCCCCUACAGACUGUUUAUCCUCCUGUGGAUUUAUUUCUACCUGUUAUUUGUUAAUCACCUGUUGUUUGUUAAUCACCUAUUGUUUGUUAAUCACCUAUUGUUUGUUAAUCACCUGUUGUUUGUUUAUCACCUAUUGUUUGUUAAUCACCUGUUGUUUGUUUAUCACCUAUUGUUUGUUAAUCACCUGUUGUUUGUUUAUCACCUAUUGUUUGUUAUCACCUUUUGUUUGUUUAUCACGUAUUGUUUGUUUAUCACCAGUUGUUUGAUAAUCAACUGUUGUUUGAUAAUCAACUGUUGUUUGUUUAUCACCUAUUGUUUGUUUAUCACCUGUUGUUUGUUUAUCCCCUGUUGUUUUUAAUCACCUAUUGUUUAUCACCUAUUGUUUGUUUAUCACCUGUCAAGUUUUAUUGUGUUUACUCUCUGAAUGAUGAAAACAGUAUGUGUCUCCUCUUUUUGGUCAUGUGACCUAAACAAGAUGACUUUACCUGUUUGAACACGACUGAUGGUGUCAUCACCAGGUAAAGGUGUAAAUGUUCACCUGUCUGUUCUGUUCCAUCAGUGGAGAUAAAUAAAUUCUUUAUUUUUAUUGAUUUUUUUAUUUGUUUUUAGAAAUUUUUAAACAAAAGAUUAAAAUCAUUUUAUAAACACUCUUAAUGAUGUUGUCUCUUUAUCAAAAAAUAAACACCUGAUUACCUGAA